CACCAACAAAAACUUCCAAAACCUCCUCCUUCCCCUACUUUUACAUCAGUCUCCACCAACCCCACCACCACCUUCUUCAAAUAUAAACUCCCUUCCUUCACCUUCAUUAAUGUCCUUGCUCACAUCCACACAUACAUCCACACAAAGCUAAGCCAUCCUCAACUUCUCCAUUAAUGGCUAAACCUCUCCCUCUCCUCCUCCUCUUCCUCCUCUUCCUUACCAUCACCACCACCACCACCUCAUCAUCAUCAUCAUCUUCAUCAGAGAAACUCAAAAGAAUGAAAAAGAAAAAGAUAACACACUUUACAGUGUACUGGCAUGACAUAAUGAGCGGCCCCAACCCAUCCGGUGCCAUGGUAGCCCAAGCUCCGACCACCAAAACCUCCACCACCGGCUUCGGCCUCGUCCGCAUCAUCGACAACCCUCUCACCAAAGGCCCAACCAUGUCCUCCGACCUCGUCGGCCGUGCUCAGGGCUUUUAUGCUUCCACUUCUAUGGAGUAUGUUGGGCUCAUGAUGGCCAUGAACUUUGCUUUCACUUCUGGUAAGUAUAAUGGCAGCACUGUCACUAUUCUUGGCCGGAAUGAGGUCUUCACUGAAGUCCGUGAGAUGCCGGUCAUCGGCGGUAGUGGCCUUUUCCGGUGGGCUCAGGGUUAUGCUCAGGCCAGGACUAGCAUGCUUAAUAUGACUACUGGUGAUGCUGUUGUCAAGUAUGAUGUGCAUGUAAUGCAUUAUUAAUUGACUUCAUUUUAAUAAUUUAAUCUUAAUUUGUGGGUUUUUUUUCUUUUUUUAAUUUAUUUAAUUAUCAUGUAUGUUUUACUUGUUUGAGUAGAGUGUUUAGUGUUGGCUCAUUGAUUAUGGCAUGGGGCCAUAUAAAAUAAUGAUCUUGUCCUUGUUUUUUUU